AUGGAUUCAUCCUUUUAUUUCUUGUCAUCCCUAAUCCUGCGUUUUUUUUUUUUUAACCUCCUCUUUCCACAUACAAAACUUGUUUUUCAUAAUGCAUUUUUUCUGAACUUGUUCAUUUUUUUUUUCUUUCUACUUAUUCCCUGUGUUGUCAAAUUCCCUCUUUCUAUCUUUCUUGUGUCCCCACACCUCAUAGCCAUUCUGGCCUCAAUUCAGCUCUCUUUUUAUGCUUAUCUCUCAACCAUUGUCCUAAUUCACUUUCUGCAAAUAUGUCUCUCUCCCCUCCCCCAUCUCUCUCCUUUUUUCUUUCUUUGUUUGACAGCCACCAUUUCUUUGUCUAACUCUGUCCCUCCAUCACAUUCUCUCAUCUCUUUGUUCUGUGGUUCUCACCUCCCACCUCUCUUUAUUAAAAAUUUUUUUUUUUUUUUUUUUUUUUUAAAUAUUUUAACUAUUUCUUUCUUUUUUUCUUGCUCAUUUUCUCUUUCUUUUUUAUUCCUUUUUCUUUCUAUUUCUUUUUUAUUCAUUUUUUUCUGGCUCUUUCUUCUUUUUUUUAUUCCUUUUUUCUGGCUCUUUCUUCUUUUUUUUAUUCCUUUUUUCUGGCUCUUUCUUCUUUUUUUUAUUCCUUUUUUCUGGCUCUUUCUUCUUUUUUUUAUUCCUUUUUUCUGGCUCUUUCUUUUUUUUUUAUUCCUUUUUUCUCUGGCUCUUUCUUUUGUAUUCCUUUUUUCUCUAGCUCUUUCUUUUGUAUUCCUUUUUUCUCUAGCUCUUUCUUUUGUAUUCCUUUUUUCUCUAGCUCUUUCUUUUGUAUUCCUUUUUUCUCUAGCUCUUUCUUUUCUCUUUCUUUUGUAUUCCUUUUUUCUCUCUCUUUCUUUUGUAUUCCUUUUUUCUCUCUCUUUCUUUUGUAUUCCUUUUUUCUCUCUCUUUCUUUUGUAUUCCUUUUUUCUCUCUCUUUCUUUUGUAUUCCUUUUUUCUCUCUCUUUCUUUUUUAUUCCUUUUUUCUCUCUCUUUCUUUUUUAUUCCUUUUUUCUCUCUUUCUUUUUUAUUCCUUUUUCUCUCUCUUUUUUUUUUAUUCCUUUUUUUCUUAAUUUUUUUCUUUCUUUUUUUAUUCCUUUUUUCUCUCUCUUUCUUUUUUAUUCCUUUUUUCUCUCUCUUUCUUUUUUAUUCCUUUUUUCUCUCUCUUUCUUUUUUAUUCCUUUUUUCUCUCUCUUUCUUUUUAUCUUUUUUUUUCUCUCUCUUUCUUUUUUUUCUUUUUUCUCUUUCUUUUUUUUAUUCUUUUUUUCUCUCUCUUUCUUUUUUAUUCCUUUUUCUCUCUCUUUCUUUUUUUUCCUUUUUUUCUCUCUUUUUUUUUUAUUUUUUUUUUUUCUCUCUUUUUUUUUUAUUCCUUUUUUCUCUCUCUUUUUUUUUAUUCCUUUUUUCUCUCUUUCUUUUUUUAUUCCUUUUUUCUCUCUCUUUCUUUUUUAUUCCUUUUUUCUCUCUCUUUCUUUUUUAUUCCUUUUUUCUCUCUCUUUCUUUUUUAUUCCUUUUUUCUCUCUCUUUCUUUUUUAUUCCUUUUUUCUCUCUCUUUCUUUUUUAUUCCUUUUUUCUCUCUCUUUCUUUUUUAUUCCUUUUUUCUCUCUUUCUUUUUUAUUCCUUUUUUCUCUCUCUUUUCCCUUUUUCCUCUUUUCUUUUUUUUUUUUUUUUUCUUUUUUUUGUUUCUUUCCCUCUAUUUUUUUUUUUUUUUUUUUUUUAUCUUUCAUUUUCUCUAUCUUAUUUUUCUUUCCUUUUUUCUCUCUCUUUUUUUUUAUUCCUUUUUUCUCUCUUUUUUUUUUUUUGCUUGUUCUUUUCUUUUGGGAAAAGAUGAGAAUUUUUUUUUCUCUCUUUCUCUUUUCCUUUUUUUCCCUUUCUUUUCCCCCCUUUCUCCUUUCUUUUCUCCUUUCCUUUAUUCUUUCCUUUCUUUUUAUCUUUCAUUUUCUCCUUUCCUUUUUCCUUUCCUUUUUUCCUUUUUUUCUCCUUUUCUUUUCUCCUUUUUCUUUCCUUUUUCCUUUCUCCUUUUUCUUUUCUAUUUUUUUUCUCUUUCCCCUUUCCUUUCUCCUUUCCUUUCUCCUUUCCUUUCUCCUUUCCUUUCUCCUUUCCUUUCUCCUUUCCUUUCUCCUUUCCUUUCUCCUUUCCUUUCUCCUUUCCUUUCUCCUUUCCUUUCUCCUUUCCUUUUUCCUUUCCUUUUUCCUUUCCUUUCCUUUUUCCUUUCCUUUCUUUUUUCCUUUUUUCUCUCUCAUUCUCUAUUGUAAACUUUCUUUUUUUUUCUCUCCCUCUUUCUUUUUUUUUUUUUCUCUCCCUCUUUCUUUUUUUUUUUUCUCUCCCUCUUUCUUUUUUUUUUUUUCUCUCUGGUGGUCUGUCUCUUUCCUAUCUGAUACUACUUUUGAGUGGCUACCCACCUGUUUAUUUUCAGCUAAUAUCAGCCAAAGACUCUAUCUACAUUUGCAGUUGUUGAAUUGGGUGUGA